AUAAUGAGAUGGUGAUGAAUCAGAAUUGGAACUGAGAGCCGAAACAGGCGAGAGAAAGGCUGGAGAGACUAAGGGUGCACGUGUUGGAGAGCGAGCGGAGCCCACCAGCUUCAGGGAGGCGGAGGAGAGGAGCAGCAAUCUGCAGCUCAAGCAUCUGAGGACGCUGAGAGACAUGGCUGCUGAUGGACAGGAGGGAGCAGGAAAUACUGGAGCCUCACACUCUGGAGAACAGAUGGAGUUGGACACCUCAUGCAUGGUCCAUCUUCAUCAUCGCUGUGGCUGAGCCUGGAGGACAUCAUCGUCCCUGCAGCUGCAGACGCACGAGAUUCAAAGGGGACAUUGGCAUCGACUACUCAUCAAAGCAGACUAUGGAUUUUAAUGGUACCAAGGAUUAUGAGGUCUCGCCUACAGGACUCCCACAGAACACGAGUGUGGACUAUGACGACAGCUACCACGAGGAGAAUGCCAGCAAAAUCAUCAUCCCAUCUAUCUAUGCUUUGGUCUGCUGUUUAGGACUCACAGGCAAUGCCAUGGUCAUCUACGUGAUUCUGAAGUAUGCCAAAAUGAAAACUGCCACAAACAUCUACAUUCUGAACUUGGCUAUUGCCGACGAGCUGUUCAUGCUGAGCGUUCCUUUUCUGGCAACAUCCGCCGCCAUUCGGCACUGGCCCUUUGGCUCGGUCAUGUGCAGACUGGUGCUGAGUGUGGAUGGUAUCAAUAUGUUCACGUCCAUUUUUUGCCUGACUGUGCUGAGUGUUGACCGUUACGUAGCAGUGGUCCAUCCAAUCAAAGCUGCCCGCUACCGCAGACCAACUGUAGCCAAAGUAGUAAAUGUGUGUGUCUGGGGGCUUUCGUUCAUCGUCAUCCUGCCCAUCAUUAUCUUUGCGGACACUGUCCCUGCAGAGGACGGUGGAGUGGACUGCAACUUCCUGUGGCCCGAGGCGUUCUGGUCAGAGGCUUUUGUGGUGUACACCUUCCUGUUGGGCUUCCUUUUGCCGGUUGGAGCCAUCUGCUUCUGCUAUUGUUUGAUGGUGGCCAGGAUGCGCGCGGUGGGUCUAAAAGCCGGCUGGCUCCAGCGACGCCGGUCGGAGAAGAAGAUAACUCGCAUGGUGCUGCUGGUCGUCGCAGUGUUUGUUCUUUGUUGGAUGCCUUUCUACAUCGUCCAGCUGGUUAGCGUUUUCCACCAUCCGCCCAAUCCCAUGGUCACACAGCUCUUUGUCAUCCUCAGUUAUGCCAACAGUGGUGCUAACCCUAUUCUCUAUGGCUUUGUGUCUGAAAACUUCCGGCGUUCUUUUCAACGAAUUGUGUGUUUUCGGUGGCUGGAGUCGGGGCUGGAUGCAGAGCAGGUGGAUUAUUGCGCAGUUGCCUUGAAGAGGAAAACGACACGUAACCACUUGGAGAUACCCAAGGACUACAUGGCUUCUGAUGUGCUGUUCCGCAAUGGGACGUAUACCUCCCGGACAACUACACUGUAACUCUCAACCAAACCUCAACAAGGAUGUAUCUUAGUGGACCGUUCAAAGAACAGAUGGAAAGCAACAGUAGUGUUUUUAUGACUUUAUUAAAAAAACAACAGUCAAAAAACUAAAAAAUAUCACUUUUUAUCAAGGAAGUGACUUCACUUGAAUAACUACAAGAAACCUGGAUUAUUGGUGUAAACGUCAAACUGAAAAUUAUUCCUUAAUUUUAUCUUUGAUAUAUUGAUUAUAUGUUGUUGUCCAAAGUAUGAGAUCUACUAAUUUUGUGUGUCUUUUGUUUAUGCUACCCUAUCGAAUAGAAAACAUCAUAGACCUCAAAAGAUAACUACCAUCCAAGCCUAUCUCGAGAGCAUACAAACCCAAAAAUAGAAGACAGGAGUAGUUACAUCGAGAGAUAUACCCAAAUUUAAAUUUAAAAUCCUAUCUAAAAUCUUCCACACCCACAUGAAUCAGUUCCUGACAUUUACUUACUCACAUUACACCAACUUCCACCAACACAUCCUACGCCAACUACCAACUAUUGACUGUAUAAUAAUAGAACUGGACUGAGUGACUCCUCCCCCCUAGUGUUCCAAAUAGAAAGUAAUAGAGGGCUCAAAGACACCAAAAUCUUAUAGACCUUUAUAGGGAAAUGAACAGCUAUUACUGUCAUUGUAUUUGUCAGAAUAACCAUCCUUGAUAUGUAAAAUUUUUUAACAUAAUCUUAAUUUUUUUCAUGAUUUUUUUUUUUGGUUACUGCAAGUUUUUCAAGCCAGUGACGUUUGUACACACAUCUUUAAGUUAAUGUAACUUUACAUCUCGCCCCGCUUUUCUCCUUCAAGAUCUGCUGGAAUUAUCAUGUUAAAGGUAGAAAAGUUACAGUAAAUCAAAGAACAUAAACACUGGAGCUCCAGUUCCCAUUAAAUCUGGGGUCUCCAACCUUCGGAACGCCAACCGGAACCAUUCCAAGGGCCGCUCCGUACUGGGCCAUAGAGCAAAAAGUGCAUAAGAUAAUCAGGGGACCGUUGGGAAGCGAGCUGGUUACGCGUCUGAUACCGCAUCCAAAGGGUUAGCGACCCGACAGCUAGUACGUCAAAAAACGAUGAAUUUGGCACCCAAAAGGUGACCUGGAGGGGGCCCAAACCCUACAACCAUAUGACGAGUGAGCUCCUCGAUGAUUGGUCAUAAAUAUGUAAAGGAUAAUGUAGCCUUUGCCACAGUUUUUAAAGGCAAAGUUCAUUCAUUUUUUAAACAAAAAAAUAGGCUAAUUCUAAAUUUUUACAGACUCAGCUGAGGAUCUGACCCAUUUAUAAGCGAGGGAGAGUUUCCUGCAGUUUUUAGUCGGUUUUUAGUUAAUUCCGCCAUUUGAUGAUCAGCUGAGACAGCAGCUAUCCAGAAAAUCAAACAUCUAUGAGUUUAUCCAUCUUCUGUAAUAAUGAAAUCCAAUGUCCCAAGAGUCUCAAACUGCUGGCCUCUAAGACGAUAUUUUGAAAGUUUACUGUUGGUGCGGUGUCUCGUAUAAUUGGCACUUUUACAGUGCUGUGCGCAGAGAUGACGAACCAACCAAUCAAGGUGGGGUGUAUGGCUCUUGGGGAUGUGACAUUGACUGACAUUUAACCCUAACCCCCUCCCCAGACCACAUUAAUCCGUUUCUUACUUUUUUUAGAAAGUGAAUAUUUGCACGUAAUUUUCUCAACACUUCUAUUUAUGCAAAAAAUGUGUUUUUGGUUAAUUGUCUUUGUCUACUGGUAAAGUUUAUUGAACAUUUCUAUGAACUACUAAGCAAUCUCUCCUGCCUGUCCAUGCUUCUUUGAUAAUAUUUUUUUGUAUUUGCUUUGUGAUGUUUCAGCUUUAUGCCUUAAACUUUGCAUUUGUUAUUGCCGUUGGAUCUGGUCGUCAGAAAAGUCCUUAGCAACAGUUGCUAGCGUUGUAGCUCCUGUCGUUUCAUAGGAUAUGCAGAAGAUGCUUAGUAGUACAUAGACAUGAACAAAUGUUCAAUAAUGUUGUCCCCAAGGUACAUUGAGUUUGAGAACCCUGCAAAAGCCCAACAGAUUUCAGUCGACACCCAUCCAAUACGGUCGGAUAUACCUGUGUUUGAUGAAGGUCAGGGAGCAUCACAAAAAUCCAAACCAAAUUCUAAUCAAGGUCAAUAAUAAACUGAGAUAGUAAUGUGUGGUAGAUAUCGAUCAGAUAAUGGUAUGGUUGAUUCAGCUGCUAAUAAAUGUCAUGGUUUGGUCAAAUAUUCACAUUGACGAUGAACUUGAACGUCUGUGUUCCUGUUGUUUUUGUUCUUUUGUAGCAUCUCUGUCAUGAUAAAAAUACUGGACACCAGUCGAAGUGUUUACAUGUACUGACUAGCAUGAAAUGUCUAUUUCAGUGUCCGUUUUGCAGACUAUUUUUUCUAAUUGAACUCAAAACAAACAAACAGAAACUUUUACACAGUUUUCAUGAUAUGAGUCAUUUACUAAAGGACUGUCUGUGAGUACUGACAUUCUUUCUGGAAACUUUGUCUCUUAUUGUUUUUUAUCCUGACGUGUAAUAGAAUGAGUGUGAGUGGAAAAGUGUCUGCAGUUAAUAACGCUAGGUGCACACUGGAUGCUGAAGCAGCGCAGAGCGGAGUGCGCGCGGCAUCCGCUCUCUCCUACAAUUCACACAAGACGCUCAUUUUUCCGUGACGGUUGGCAGGCGCUUUUCUUAGAGCUUGUUUUUGUUUCUGCCAUCAUGGGUAAUUUAAUAACCUAAAAGUAUUACAUUUCUGCUAAGAAGUAGUUAGUAGACCUACACUUCUUUAAUUUAUCUGAUGAGUGUGUGUGUAUGUGCAUGUGUGUGUCUGCUUUUUUGUGUGUGUUGUGAUUGUAUAAUUUCCAUCUCUACAGUCUGUUUA